CCAUUGUUUCUUCCCGUUUUCGCCAAAGCAGAAUGAGAUCCCAAGGCAGAAAACAAAAUGCCCCUGAAAGUCUCAACAGUAAAAAUGAUCUUACAGUUGCUGCAUCAGAAGAUUCGGAGUUCAUUAAACUGUCACAGAAAAAAAGCCAUAAUGUAAUCAACCUUGCCGAAGGACUGCCAAUACAGAUUACUAAAGAACAAUUAAAAGCUAUCCUCACCCAACCAGCCAGCAAUGUUGCCGACAAAGUUGUGCUGCUUGAUGCAAGAGACAGGCUUCUUCGUUUAACAAGAGAUAUAAAAGGCAAGACUGGCAAUGCAAAAAAAGCUAUCACUCUUAGAGGUACUUGUCUGGAUAUGUGUCCAGAAAAGGAAAGAUAUUCUAGAGCAGAAAAACAUAGACUUGCAUUGUUUGAAAUGCUUGUUUCUGAUGAAAAGGAUUAUGAAGUUGAUCACAGACUUGCCGUAAAAGAAUAUUCCAGAAGUUCUGCUGACCAGGCUGAACCAUUGGCACAUGAACUUAGACCACUUCCUGUUUUACAAAUGACGAUGGAUUAUCUUAUUGCUAGAAUUGUAAAUCGUUGUGAUAAACCUGGUGAAAACUUGGCUGAAUGGUUUAAUUUUUUGUGGGACAGAAUGCGAGGGAUAAGAAAGGACAUAACCCAACAAAGUUUGUGUGAACAAGGGUCUGUUGAUUUAGUUGAGAAGUGUGCUCGUUUUCAUAUCCAUUGCACAAGCCGCUUAUGUGAAUUGGAUAUGCAAGAUUUUGAUCAGAAAAUCAACGACGAAAACCUUACAAAAUGUUUACAAACGCUAAAACACAUGUACUACGACCUAUCUGUUAAAAACAUAUUUUGUCCAAAUGAAGCUGAAUUCAGAAGUUAUGAUGUUCUCUUACACUUGAAUGAUGGUGAAAUUCUCAGAGAAGUGCUGCAAUUACGUGCUGAAGUUCGCGAUUCGCCUGAAGUGCGAUCUGCCCUUGAAUUUGUCAAUGCUUUGAACAGUCGUAAUUACGUUCGCUUCUUCAAAUUAGUCAGAUCAAAUCAAGAUUAUUUACAAUGUUGUCUCCUUCAGCGCUACUUCAAUCAAAUGCGUAAUCAAGCUCUUCAGAUAAUGUUACAGGCAUAUGGACCACCAAAAAAAGGCCAAAUACAACUCAAUAAUUUAGUAAGCCUGCUGGGUUACGAAGAUGAGGAAGAGGCAGGAACUUGGUGCGAAUGUCACGGACUGCCUAUCGACUUCGACAAAAAAGCAGUCAAGUUCGAUCGUACUAGUUUUAUAGAACUUCCCGAAAAAUUUCCACCUAUGCGACGAUCGUCAAUUAUCGAGAGUAAACGAACGUCUUCGGUCAGCAAAUGCAUCGCGAAAAAUGAUGUACCAGAAGAUCCCACUUUACAUCAUACACCAUUUAAUAGUUUCGAUAGCAAUGGUAUGUUGCUUCAAGAAGCAUGGUUAGCUGAAGAACACGAAGAACUUGUUACCACCAUAGCCCCACCAGCUGUUCCGUCGACUACUAAACCACCUGCUUCUAUCUCGAUUGUGCCGAAUUUGAUAGAAAAUAUUACCAUGAGAAUUCACAGGGAACUGAUUAGCUCAACAGUAUAUGAAAUUACAAAAGAAAUCGCUCUACAAGUUGCCAUUCAAAACGCGAAAGUGCAAACCACUCAUCGGAUUUUCAAACAGUGCUUGAAUGACUUUGUCAGCGAGUUUUGCUCGGAACUUGUCAGUGAAGUAUUAUUUGAAAUGCAGACUGCUAAAUUUCAAGAGCAACAUAAAUUAAACCUGGAACACAAAGUUCGUCACUUCUCUGUGCAGAUUUUUGGUGACAUUGUGGAUAACGUAGUCCACGAUCAAGUGAAAUCUCUUUGCAUUGAAGAAAUUCAAAUGGCUGCUCGUUUACAUGAUAGCGCCAUAAAAGAAAAGCAUGCGCGUCGUUUACUAGAGGCAUUAGUAAGUGAGCUGAUCGCAAUCGAAAGCCGAGUAGUUGCAUCCGACGUUGCCUGUGAAGCUGUUAAAACAAGGGAAAUUAUGGUAUCUCGGGUCUUAGAUUUGACCAGCAAACGUAAAAUCCGUCGUUGUAUUGCGAAGUGGCGUAGAUUCACUGCGUUGCAAAUGCGCCGAAGGAAAGAAAAGCAAACGUUUCCAGCUUGUCCGUCGCGUAUGGUAUUCAGUCAACAAAUAGCCUCAUUGAAAUCUAAAGGCGAGUCCCCGGGCGUAUCCUUGAAGCGCAAAUCUCUUGUCGAGCAAAGUGUUUCUGUCAAACGUUGUAACUCUCUUUCAGAUCUCCAAUUUAACUUAAAGAAAAUAAGUUUGUCAUUGGCCGAAAAGAAAUUUGAUUUAUUCCCGCUGCUUGAGCGAUCGACAUCGAUUUUUCCCCUUAAAGAACGGAACCGCUGCUGGAAACUUAUCAUUUUAGCCAUCAAUAAUGAAGAAGUUGGAGAGUUUUUUCGGCAUUGGUUUGGCUUCUCUGGAGCAACGCAAACUACAGACGGGUGGCUGUACACGGAAACAAGGACAAAUCAAAAUCGUAUCACGCUCUGCGUCCGUUUCGCGACCAGCUAUCAACAAAUAUCUGAGCUUUUGCUAGGAGCAAAUGCUCUUCUUGUGGUUUACGAUCCUACUUCGGAGGUUGAAACCACGUUACAUAGCCUAGCCCAGUUGGUUCAAGUUCAGUCGAAGUAUUUCCCUCUGUCUGUCGCGUCUAUCGCAUCGAAAAACUAUUCUAAAAAAUUUGACUAUCUUGUGCAAAUUCUAAACCCAUGCUACCACACAACUCUAAGCUUUGAAGAAUCGAGCAUCGAUAAACAUUGUAAACUCAUCGAAGUUUUCACAACUCUGGUCGAAGCCGGAGAAAUAACCGCCAUCUCGCCGGCCAGUCGCGUAUGCACAACAACCAUGUGGGAACUGGCAAACAGUUUUAUUUCUCAUAAAGUCCUUCCUACGAUUUAUCGGGAUAUGCAACUACGGUUGAAGUACAACCUUCCUCAUCAGUCUUUAGCUCGUCUGCUGAAUUUUUAUAAUCAUGCUGUCAAGUGCCUUCUAGAAAACGUCUUGUCAGACUCCGAGCUCGGUAAAAUUCGAUGGCCUGCUCCGGAAUUUGUUAAAAUACCUGAUCUCGUUCUUCCUCCCGUAAACUGGAAUUCCAAAGCGUCGCUGUACACUGCAAAACAGUCAUUUGAAAGAUAUUUAGUUCUCCCAUACUGGCAGUCUGAUGAUCACGAUUUUCCGUCAUUGUGUGCAUCGUUGUGCCACUAUUGCACUGAUAUUUCCAUUGGGACCGACGUCACGGCUUUGUUGUCAAGGAUUGAUUCCGUUUUGAUGCAGGCUAAACAACAUUAUGAAAAACGUCAACCUAGUCGAACAUCUUUCAAAGAGAUUAUUCCAUGGACUGAUAUUUUUCAAGCAUGCGUUGAUUAUCGUCUGCAAGAAUUUGCCGAUGAAGGGUCGUCCAAGUUAAUUGGAUACUUUCCCCGAGCCCUUGAUAAAAUCCAGUCCAACGCCGCAUGGAUUCGUGCUAGAGGUUUCUUAGAACCAACUGAACAACUUUGCGCUGAACUGGAUGCACAGCGUUUUGACUAUAAGGAAACUGAAGUAUCCUUUUAUCAACAAUCCAAAUCGCUUGAUGUACCAGAUAGCAUUGCAACCCUCUGCGCUGCUAUUGCUGAUACUUCGAAACGAAGUCGUCAAGAAAACAAACUUUUCGAAUCGAUUCUUCUCCGCGUUCAUACUCCAGAAAAAAAGCCUGUCAGAUGUUCACCGGUAAAGCAGUUUACGGUAACACCGUCCGGCAUAGAGGACCGUUAUGAAUUGUUAGAGAUAAGACUGGAACAAUCCCGUUGUGAGGAUAAACAGUUUGAAUCUUAUUUGAAACGCGCAUUAGAAGAUUUUUGAAGAUCUAAAGUAACGCAACAGAAUUGUAUUAUAAAACAGCAUCGAUGAAUUAAUAA